CCGGCAAUACUACGUUGUUCUCUUCUUCCCACAAAAUUCCCUCAAUCUCUCUCUCUCUCACACAGACAUACUUAGCAGCUACUUUAAGACCCAAUAAGUUUUUUUCUUCCCGUAAACAACAUUGAUUCCCUUUUGGGAGAUUGCUAAAAUGCACUAAGUUUUCUGCACUUACACCAGCAAAGUUUCGAGCUUUUUGCUGAUCUUGUCUAUCCUUCUUUAGAGAUGGGUUCUAGGAACAGAAGCCGAGACAGCAUGAGAGUGAAGCUUUUCUGGAUCUGGGUGGUCAUAGGAGUGGUUUCUUGGGACGUCGUUGAUGGGUCCGAGCUUCUUCAUGUCAAUGGAACAGAGUUUCCAUAUUUGGAAUACUAUGGAGUUUCUCAUGUGAGUAAUCCAGUCAUGGUUGGACUCACUCUCAUUACGAGUGCCGGAGCUAAAGGAGCAGUCUGUCUGGAUGGAACUUUACCGGGGUAUCAUUUGCACCGAGGAUACGGCUCAGGAGCCAACAGUUGGCUCAUCCAAUUGGAGGGUGGAGGAUGGUGUAAUAAUGUUCGAUCUUGCGUUUACCGAAAGACAACCAGACGGGGAUCAUCCAAGUACAUGGAAAAGCAGCUUCCUUUUACAGGAAUACUCAGCAAUAAAGCUGAGGAGAAUCCUGAUUUUUUCAACUGGAACAGAGUGAAGGUCCGUUAUUGUGAUGGCGCCUCAUUUGCUGGGGACAGUGAGGAUAAGGCUGCCCAGCUGCAGUUUAGAGGACAACGUAUAUGGUUAGCUGCUAUGGAAGAUCUGAUGUCGAAGGGCAUGCGCUAUGCCAAGCAGGCCCUUCUUUCCGGGUGCUCUGCCGGAGGCCUGGCAUCUAUAUUGCACUGUGAUGAGUUCGGGGGAUUAUUUCCUAGAACAACAAAAGUGAAGUGCCUGAGUGAUGCUGGACUGUUCCUUGAUGCGGCAGACGUUUCUGGUGGCCGCACACUCAGAAACGUUUAUAGUGGUGUGGUUAAUUUGCAGGGAGUGAAACCAAAUCUUCCGCGCAUGUGCACUAACCAUCUCGAUCCAACAUCAUGCUUCUUCCCGCAAAACCUGAUCGCCAGCAUCAAAACACCACUGUUUCUCCUCAAUGCCGCCUAUGAUGCUUGGCAGCUGCAGGCAAGUUUAGCUCCCUCAUCAGCUGAUCCUCAUGGACAUUGGCGUCAAUGCACAUUAAACCAUGCAAGGUGCUCCGCGUCGCAGAUUCAGUUCCUGCAAGGCUUUAGGAAUCAGAUGCUGAAUGCAAUAAGAGGAUUUUCUAGCUCCAGACAAAACGGCCUUUUCCUAAAUUCAUGUUUCGCUCACUGCCAGUCCGAGAGGCAGGACACAUGGUUCGCCGAUAAUUCACCUACAAUAGGAAACAAGGCAGUAGCUCUAGCUGUUGGUGAUUGGUAUUUCGAUCGAGCAGCCGUCAGCAUCGAUUGCCCCUACCCUUGUGACAAAACCUGCCACAAUCUGGUUUUUCACGAGUAGGUUAUCAUUUUUGCUGCCAUUCAUUCAGUAAACCCCAUGAAGCAAUUCAUGUAUUGGUUCUGGAUAGAUCUACAAUUUAUUUAUGAAAUACAUACAAGAAGAAUAAGAUACUCAUCAUCAGGCUCUUCUUGUCGUAAUAGCAUCAUUCUGCGCAUUAGCUGCUUGGUGCGGCACAUCUGCUUUGGAUGUCGACAUCGGCAAAUGCUUAUGCUUUGUUCGCAUCCUUUAUGAGAAGAAAGAUUGGGACAGGCAAACCACCUGUUCUUGUGUGA